AUGGCCCAUUGUGAGCGGGCCUCGAAGCCUUUGCUCCAAUGCCUACACAAGGCUAGCAGAGGUCUCUCCGGCCUCCAGCUCCAGUCGACCCGAGCCUUCCAAACAACGGCCCUUGUUCGCGAGGAAGCUCAGACGGAAACCAAGAGCCAGCCAUUUCACAAAUCCCCCGAUCCGGAACUGGUCUCGAGUCCCCGACUGGAACGGCGAUUGCUACGACAGGGUAUCUCGCCCAUCGGCUCCCGUCGACGUCGUGCCGCACUGCAGAACUCGGCCAACAUCCCCUUCGAACAAUUGCCGUACCAGUGUUUCCAGGAGGCCCGCAACGUUCUGAUUGGCGACCGUGCAGAGAAGUUGAAGGAUGUGACGGCAAUGAGGGAGAAGAUUGCCCGGCUCGAGGCCAUCCCUACGGAGGAAGCCGGCGGGGAGCAGGUGAAAAAGUCGAAGCUCGUGGCUAUGCAACGCCAUCUCGAGCAUCUGAAGAUUCUCGCCGACAUCAACGACCCCAUAGUGAAGAAGAAGUUCGAAGAUGGGCAGGGUGACAUGACCAAACCUAUCUAUCGUUUUCUGGCCGAUCGGAAAUGGAGGGAAUACCGACGCAAGAUCUUGGUCCAGCGCAUUACGCAGAUGAAUGUCAUCCCUGACGUGCUUCCUCACUGCGACCCCGUGGCGGAUACCAAGCUGUACUUUGGCCGGAAUGCGGUUCAGCCGGGUGAUUUCGUCAACUCGCAGCUCAGCAUGGUUGCCCCUAAGCUCGACGUGCAGCUUUUCGAGCAGGGUGAGAAGCUUGUGACCAUUGCUGUUGUGGACUCGGAUAUCCCCAACGUUGAGAAGGAUGGUUUCGACUACAAGAUGCAGUAUCUCGCCGUCAACGUCCCCAUCUCGGUCGCAAAGACGAAGAUCGACCUCGGCAGCCUCUCGACCGAGUCGCAGGUGGUCCUGCCGUGGGUGCCUCCCGUGGCCCAGAAGGGCAGUCCCUACCACAGGCUAUCCGUCUUCAUUAUGGAGCAGAAAGACUCGAAGCCAUUGGACUUCGCUGCCGUCAAGGCCAAGGAGACGGAGCGCGACAACCUCCUACUACGAACUCUCCAGGCUCGCUAUCACCUGAAGGCCAUCAGCGCGCAUUUGUUCCGAACCCAGUGGGAUGAGACCAUGGCCGCCGUGAUGAAGCAGAUUGGAUAUGCCGACGCGGACUUGGAGCUCCGCCGGAAGAGGAGCGAGGCUCUGCCUUACAAGAGGAGAAACCCCUCAACCUUCCGGUGA